AUGAGUGACCAAGGCUACAAAUGGGUGGCAUUCUUCGAAGCUUUGAUCACCUAUGUCUGCCCGUUUGUCUGCACAAUUCUGGCCGAUCUUCUCGUGCUUUGUUGUCAUAAAAAUAGCACCAAAUUCACAGUACUGUCGAGCGACUUGGUCACAAAACAACGAGGCUCCUAUCACGAGCAUGUCGAGGGUUUGAAAAUCCAGUCCAGAGAAAGCAUCCGGUUAACGCAUUUACGGCGGCAACGUGCCAUUCGACGGUGCCUUUUCAUGGCCACUGUGCAGAUGAUUUUGAACACUCCUUACUAUACGCUACAACUAAUCGACGAGGUCUAUUCGUUACAAUCGACCCCGACUGGCCUGCAAACGUAUUUAUACAUGGAUGCGGUACUCUAUCUGCUGUAUCUCUGCCAAUUCCCACUUGUCGCGCUGUACAUUUCGGCUCUCUACUCCGAUAUGAAGUCAGGCGACAGGUAA